CGGUUAAGCCAUGCAUUCAACCGAGUCCUAAAAUUGUGCACUACAAUUUACUGGAGCUGUACGUCAGUGCAAUUUACAGGGUAACAGAGCAGAAGAGCAAUAGAAACCUUCCACAUUCUUCAGUUGAUUUAUUAAAACCUAGCUUUACGUUUCUUUUAAUUAAGUCGCCAUGUCGGACGUGGUGUUUGGAUUUUUUGCCUUCAUCGCAUUCGUUGUAAUCGUUUUGUUCAAUGUGGGAUUGUCGACGCCCCAUUGGAUAACAAUACAGGAAACAGUGACUUCAAACUCAACCAAUUCUUCCUCUCCAUCGCCAACUACAAGAACUUGUCAUCAUGGCUUGUUCUACAGUAGAGAUUGUCCCGACAGUGAAAAUGUAUUUGACAAGACAAUCAUUGGACUAAAUAUAGCAACAUCCCUGUGUUUGACCAUAUUUCCACUGUUUUGGCUUUGCAUUUCUUGCAUAAACUGUUGCGGAAAAUCGGACGACAAUGAUUGCGCUGUUGGCUGCUGCAAUCUGUAUUCAUUCUUUUAUGCGGCAGGAGGUCUUAUUGGAUUGGUGUCAGCCAUCACGGUUAGUGAAAAAUAUGAUCACGACCUUCUGGGAUGGUCUUUCUUUUUGACGGUCGCUGCAACCACCAUCAUUCUUGUACAGAUUGUACUUCUUGUCACGUAUUGCAUUUGUACUCGCAAUACAAAGGAGAAGUGCACGUUGUUUAUGGUGUACAGAAGACAUCAUAAUUAUGAUUAAAGUUAACAGAAGAAGAGAUUAUCUUUGAGAAUUUAAAAAAGAAAUGGGUUUUUUCACUUGGACGUAGAGAUUAAAUACCUUAAAAAUCAUUUUAAGACUUUGAUGAACAAAACACUGAAAAAUUGCAUUGACUUUUCUAUGUUGAGGACUUAUAAACUUAUAAUCAUUUUUCUACAUGUUUUUCUUUUAUUUCAUAUUUUCUAUUCUCAAUAUUUUGUUGAAAUAUUAAAAGUUUGAUAAAAA